AUGUUUUUACGCAGUAGGAGCUUUUUAAGGUUCAAUUCUACAAUUUCGGUGGGUCCCAAGAUACUUGAUUUACGGGUUGGUAAAAUAGUGGAUAUAAGAAAUCAUGAGAAUGCGGAUAAGUUGUAUGUAUCGCAGAUUGAGGUGGGGUCGAAGAAGCCGUUCGAAGAAGAGGUCGGAGAAGAAGUCGGAGAAGAAGUCGGAGGAGUAGUCGGAGAAGAAGUUGUAGCAAAGACAGUUCAAGUCUGUAGUGGGUUAGUGGGACUUGUUACGAAGGAGGAAUUGUUGAAUAGUCGGGUAGUUUUAGUGAUGAAUUUAAAGCCCUCGAAAAUGAGAGGGGUAAAAUCUGAAGCGAUGCUAUUGGCCGCGGAGAGUGUUGGUGAAUUUGAUGUGGAAGUGGUGAGACCUCCAGAAGGUGGGUAUCCUGGACAGGUAAUAGAGUUCAAAGGUUACGAGAGAGGAAAAGGUGAUGUCAUUAAAAAAUUGAAAAGAAAGAAAUGGGAAGAGAUCGCAAAGGAGAUUCGAACCAACUCAAAUGGGGAAGUAUGCUAUAAGGAAGAUUACAGCACUUUGGGAUACGAGACAAAAGACGGUCGCCAGGUAUGCAAAGUUAAGACGCUUAGUAAUUGUAAGGUUAAAUAA